GUGGAUGAAGCCCCUAGCUUUGGGGGGGGGGGUGCUGGUGGAGGAAGCGGCCGGCAGUGGGAAAGCAGGAGGCUGGGGCUUCGAAAAGGACAAGAUGACCAGUCAUUCGGUGACCAUUCCCAUGGUCUGCUUCACUAUCUUCUGGGGACUUGUGGGCUUUGCUCUGCCUUGGUUUGUGCCGAAGGGUCCCAACAGAGGUGUAAUAAUAACCAUGAUCGUCACCACAGCUGUUUGUUGCUACUUGUUCUGGCUCAUUGCCAUCCUAGCUCAGAUGAACCCUCUCUUUGGCCCGCAGCUCAAGAACGAGACUAUCUGAUGCUGACUGACAACUUGAACAUUCCAGAAUAUCCUGUCAUCUCCACAUUCCCUGUAAAAAUCAUACCUAGUAAAACUUUGUACGUUCUCCCUGCCCCCUGACUCCUGCUCUGCAACAGACAUUUGACUUUUGUUUCUGACCUGACGUCAUUGCAUGAAGUAAAAUGAUGAUUUCUGCCUCACCAAACCCAAGGAUUCCCCAGGCAGCAUCCAAAGAUUUCAUGAAAAUUGGUUUGAGGAUAUUUUAAAUCAACUGUGUGCAAUCCUCAGCAUGCUAAUUUCUGAUGUUUCUUUCUGUUUGUAAUUACAAUGUGUCCCAGGAACCUGCUCCAAUUAAAAAUUAUUUUUCAGUAGGUAAAGAAAACUAGCAGGCAUUGUAGGGUAGCUAUACUGUGAUACUGUGCUUAGAUUACUGUGACAAAUCCAUGUAGCAAUGUUUUGAUCUGUAAGGGAAUAUUUAUUUUGUUUCAGCAAUCUGCUACCAAAUAUGUUUUAAAAGUAGGAAUUGAUGUUCAAUGCUGUAAUCUUUAAAAAUGUUGACAGUGCAAUAAAAUCAGAUUGUGUCCCAUCCCCAAA